AUGUACGCCUGUGCAAAAUUCGCCCAGCCCUCUGCAAGAUGCUUGAGUAUUCUUAGCCGAUCAGCGUUAAGACCUCUAGGCAGCAUUGUGGUUGUCCAACAGGAGCCCCACACUGUUAGCGCCAGUUUGUCUAGCUACAGUGGCAUCAGCGCCGUGUCCCAGGUGGCCAAGACUAGCCAGUUGUCAUCUCUCCUCGGCCAGGUUCGAACUUUCCAGACUAGUGCUAUCAAGCAGGACAUUGAUCAGGCUGCCAAGUACAUUGGAGCUGGAGCAGCUACUGUUGGUGUGGCCGGCUCAGGUGCUGGUAUUGGCAGUGUGUUUGGCAGUCUGGUGAUCGGCUACGCCCGCAACCCAGGCUUGAAAGGACAGCUGUUCUCCUUUGCUAUCCUGGGAUUUGCCCUGUCCGAGGCUAUGGGCCUGUUCUGUCUGAUGAUGGCCUUCCUGCUGUUGUUUGCUUUCUAA